GCCAAGUAGCGGAUGCUCAGCGCAGCCCUUGCGCGGCUGCUGAUGCUGCCAGGCUGCUCCGGCUCCCUUUCUGAAGCAGCUGCCCGUGCUUUGAGCGCGGCAAGCUCCUGGCAAUCCGUAGCCUCUCACGUGCUCUCGUUCUUCCUUUCUGCAGCUCCAUGUACUACGAUGAAGACGGGGAUCUUGCCCACGAGUUCUACGAGGAGACAAUCGUUACCAAGAACGGGAGGAAGCGUGCCAAGCUGAAGAGGAUCCACAAGAACCUGAUACCUCAGGGCAUAGUGAAACUGGAGCACCCUCGUAUUCAUGUGGAUUUCCCUGUGAUCAUCUGCGAGGUGUGAUUCGUGAGGGGGACGCAAGCCGUUGCUGCCUGCAGGCGAAACGUCCUGCCCGACUGCCCUGAGUGUCACCACGCGAGGCUUCGUCACCUUCCUGUAGAACGAGGACUUUGAGCACGGACACGUGACCGUGGACUUUGACUCUCCCCUUGCCCGGAGAUGCAGCGGUACGAAACAGACUUGGCUUGGUUGCGUUUGGCUAGCGCCCUUCGCAGGAGAUGGGUGACCUUGUACAACAAUUGCUUAAAAAUAUCCUCGCUUGAGUCGGAAGACUAAAAUACCUUUUGUAGCCUCUAGCCAACGUUUGGAUGGGUAACUGGAACUGCGGAUGAUCUGCUGUGUUUGAGCUGUUAAAGGGAGAGCGAGCCUGCACUUCUCACCAGACAAAAUCCCCUGCUUCUCAGGUAUGCAGCCCAGGGAGAGCCAGGGCCAGCUAACGCGCUGCCUAGGGGCCCGGAGAUCCCUUGGCCUCUGUGGUUAAAUGGCCAGUGUUGCAGUGUGUCAUUUGACAAGGGCAUUAAGCAAGGCUCCCCCAGGUGGGUCUGUCGAUGGAGGAUGAACGGGGCAGGCUCAGGGGGAGCUGGUUUCAAAGCACAUCCAGUUGGGUGCUGUGCUUCUGUCGGGAAGGGGACCGAGACCAGAUAUCGCUGUCGUAGAGCUCAGUCUCUUCCCGGUGCGCGCUCCCCGUUUACGCUGCCCGCUGGCUCUGCGGAGGUUGGCGUCGCUGCUGCCAGUAGUCCCUGCUGGAACGCCUUUUGCCCGCUGCUUGCGUUGCAGCCGCCUCUCCAGAGCAGACACGGAGAUCUCUGCAGUUCACGGCUGGCAGCAGCGAGGUUCCCAGCUCUCCUGACAGCCUGCUGGCCCACGUGAAGGCGGCUUAGCCAUCUGGAUUCCCUGAGCAGGACUUGCCUCCCCCUGUUAGCGCCUGUCUGCGUUAGGCUCCUGCUGAGUGCUGUCCCUCGCUCACUGGAGCCUGCAGUGCUGGGCCGCUGGGCAAGGCAUCUCACGUGCUUAGGGAAGUUGGCUCCACGUAGUGUCCUCGUGCUCCACUCCGUUGUUGACAGUACUUCCCAGUGGGGUUGGCCUUGACAGAGCCAAGCAGGAAAGAAAUCAUCUCCUCCCUCCCCAUCCCUCUAAAACAAUCGAUCAGUUGGCCUGCCCUGGCUUGGAAAUCUCCCUGGCGAUAUGAACUAGAGUUCCUCCGUUGCCCCGCAUCUCGGCUGGGGGCAGGAGGAGAAAUGCAAUGCACUUUAAAGGGAGGCUUUCUGCUCGGUUUUGGAAGGUUCUGCGCUCUCCUCCUCUUUCCUCCCGCUUAAGCAAGUCGGGGUUGCCUUGGCAGCACUGGAAAAACCCCGUUGCCUCUCACGCUUGGGUCCUGGUCCUAGGGCUCCAAGCCAGCUGCUGCAGGGCUGGGGAAGGCCUGACCCGUACUACCCCUCGCCAACACUAGGAGCCACUGCCUCCCUGCUCUGGCUUACCUUGAGAACGGGCCGCUCGCUUCACACGAGCAGGAGGACUGAUCUGUCAGCUGUGGGGCGCUGGGCAAAGCUUUAAACUGGUCAGAGCUUGCUCCUGCAGCAGCCAGCUUGGCGUUCCUCUUCUUUCGCUCCAGAACUUAUUUACUUUCUAAGCACUUCAGACGUUUGCUACCUCGAUUUUUAAUUUAAGCUGCUGGCACUGGGGUGCCAGCCGUAUCAGUGUCUACGUUGGAUGUAUCCAUCCCUGCGCCCACCAAGAGCUGCCUGGGCUCAGGGCCACAUUCCUAGGUUCUGGGAGACAACAGCGGCACGGCUGUUGCUGUCCUCCCGUCCUCCCCUUCCCUCUGUGCCCCCCACCCGCUGUUCCCAUUGACACGAGUAUGCACGAAGGGUGAAGCGGAUGUGCUGGCUCCCGCCUGGCAGGGAAACAGGCUCGCUGGGCAGGGCUCCAGCGGGGAGCUCUUCUACACUGUGAUGCUGGGCACUUCUUUUGGCAUCUUUUGUUCUUCUACUUGCCUGAAAAAGUCUGUCUUAAAACAAUCCCCCACUGAAGUGUUUCUUAUUCACACCACCUGCUCUUGAGUUUGGCUCAGACCAGGGCUCACAGAUCUCCUUGAAAACAGCGUCUCAGGCUCUGGAGGAGCGCAAGAGCUCGUGUGGUCCGUUCUCCCCGCGAAGAGGAGAGAAAGCUGUGACCGGACUGCUGAUGCCCUUCUUGCCCCCCUGCUUCCCGUGGGCGCAGCACGCACCCACGUCUUUGCGCUCUGUGGCAUCGCACCCACGUUUUGUACGGGGGAAGGCACAGUAGGGAAGGGGCUGGUGUGGCAUUGCCUGUCCGCCUGGACUUGGAGCCCCUCUGCUGACUACUGGCCAAAAAGGGAUGCAGAGGCAGGGCCCGAACCCUGCGUCGGCAGAGGGGUCUUGGCUAGACGGAGGCCUGCUGAGCGAGGAGCUAGGAGCAGCUCCCUCUCCUCCCUGACUGAUUUGGUUCUCCCUGGCAUGCUGUUGUGCCCGCUCCACCCCUUCCCCCAGGGGCGCUGAGCUUGCUUCCCUAAAAACAUGCCUUCUCCCACCCUCUUUUCACCGAAGAGGCAGCAAACCUCCGCAGGCUACCAACGACCUGUCUUGCCCUACUUCUUUCCAGGCUGGUCCACCCGUCGUCGGGGUCCGAGCUGUGCAGCCCCGUCCCAACCUCCUCUCCCCAGCCCCCUCCUCCUCUUUCCAGCCCUGCCAGGCAGGAGCAGGGACGAGGAGGUUCCUUGGGAGCUUCUGAAGGGAUCUUUAAAAUGUGAAGGUCACUGUAAAUAGUAUCUAUGUCCACUAUAUUGUUGGAGCAAGCAAAAAAAAAAAAAAGUUUCAUUUUUUUUUUUUUAACGACUUCUGUGCAACUUUGUGCUUUCCCGUGUGGAUGUGUAGCUGACCUGUGCUCACCAACACUAGGCUUGCUCCUCUAGCGUGUGGAUAGGAACCCUGGGUUUGAGAAACGUACACUAUUUAUGGUCCUUCCUCUGCCUCCGAGUGCAUCUGUCUACUUUUGUUAAAUUUCAAUAAAAUUAUUUGUAGAUCCCACAA